AUGCAGUCGCAUGUACAUGGCUGGACUGUGAAUGUGCCUUGGCUCAGGUAUGCAGGCAGGUUAGCUCAGACAAGCGUGCAGCGCUUUGCAGCCAUGGUGCGCGUGAAGGCGUAUGAGCUGCGCAACAAGACGUCCAAGGAGCUGCUGAAGGAGCUGGACGACAUGAAGGGUGAGUUGGCCCAGCUGCGGGUCUCGAAGGUGUCGGGAGGUGCUGCCUCGAAGCUGGCGAAGAUCAAGACCGUCCGCAAGGCCAUCGCCAGGAUCCUCACUGUGUACAACCAGAAGCAGAAGGCGGAGGCGAGGAAGCAGUAUGCCGGCAAGAAGUAUGUGCCACUGGACCUUCGCCCGAAGAAGACCCGAAAGAUCCGCCGUGCUCUCAAGAAGGAGCAGAUCUACGCCAAGACCUCCCGCACCAAGACGCGCGAGCAGAACUUCCCUAUGCGACGCUACGCAGUGAUGAUGUGA